CUGGAAACGAUGGCCCGCGCUCGCCGCGUUCCGCUGCCUGAGCUCCUCUUCCGCGGUGGCCCGGGCUCUGAGUGGCAGCCCAGUGCGGCAUGGAGGCGAAGGCGGCGUCCACGCUGUCUACGGGCGGCGCGUUCUCGGUAUCCGCGGGGGAAACCGAAAAGUGGAUGGAGGAGGCGAUGCUCAUGGCCAAAGAAGCCCUUGAAAAUAUUGAAGUUCCUGUUGGCUGCCUUAUGGUCUACAACAAUGAAGUUGUGGGGAAAGGAAGAAAUGAAGUUAACCAAACUAAAAAUGCUACUCGACAUGCAGAAAUGGUGGCCAUUGAUCAGGUCCUAGACUGGUGUGCUCGAAGUGGCAGGAGUCCCUCUGAAGUGUUUGAACGCACCGUGCUGUAUGUCACCGUGGAGCCGUGUAUUAUGUGCGCAGCUGCUCUCCGCUUGAUGAAAAUCCCGCUGGUUGUGUAUGGCUGUCAGAAUGAACGAUUCGGUGGUUGUGGCUCUGUUCUAAAUAUUGCCUCUGCUGACCUACCAAAUACUGGGAGACCAUUUCAGUGCAUUCCUGGAUAUCGGGCUGAGGAAGCAGUGGAAAUGUUAAAGACCUUCUACAAACAAGAAAAUCCAAACGCACCAAAGUCAAAAGUUCGGAAAAAGGAAUGUCAGAAGUCUUGAACUUGUUCUGAUGAAAAACUAAUUAAUGCCUCAAAGUGACCUGGACAAAAUUCUUGGCCUGAAAGACUGUUGACAUUGUUCAAUCAUGUGUUUAUAUGUUGUUGUUAAUCUAUGGAAAAAUGGUGUCUCUCAUCACUUGGUUUGUUAAGGGAACAAAUUAGCGCUUUUAAAAAGUCUGACAAUUGUAAACAACUAUUAGCUUUUCCACAAGUUGAAAGAACAUUUUAAGAAGGGGAAAAAUUAAGGUUUGAGGUUUUAGAAAUUAGCAAGCACUGCAUGCCCUUCCUGCCACAACAUUAUGCCCUGUCUGGGCAAGUGCUGAUUUUUCAGAGAAUGUGCAUUCGGACUCAGAUACCUGACAUGUGUCUAAAUUGCAGUGGGCCACACUGCAGACAUUUCUCCAGCACUGGCAUUUCAGAGUCAGAUUCUUCAGUUUUUACAGCUACUAUGUUCUCCCAGGGCACUGGGGGCCUAUGACUUCUCUUCAAAUUGUAUAUGAGGUGUGUAUGUGUGUGUGUGUAUAUAUUAUAUGGUCCUUAGAGCAGACUGUUGCUUUUAUAAAGCAUUUAGAGAAAAUGCAUACUUUUAAAACAGGUGCUUGAGUGUCAUUUUAAAAUUAUAGCAUAUUGCUAAAAUAAAACUUUAUGCCUUCUUUGAAGAUGAAUAAUCUUAGAAAUAAAAGAUAAAAACAUAAAUGGGACAAUGUCUUGUUACUGAGCAACUAUUCUGUGCCAAACAAAUAUAGUUGGAUUUGUGAACAAAAUAAAGAAUCUAGUCCUCGUGGAGCUUAUAUUUUAGCAAGGGGAGACAGAUAAUAAAUAUAAUAGGUUACACAGUUUACUGGAGGGUGACAAGAGUUAUGGCAAAAAGCAAAAGGAGCACAGAGCAAAGGGGGUGAGUGUGCCAGUAGGUGGUGGGAAUGCUGGGUGCAGAAUUUAGUAGAAUGGUCAAGUUAAUCUGAAAUCGAAUAGUUAUUUCUUUUUCAAAAAUUCACAUAAUAAAUGUGAAAUUCAAAAUCUAAGAUGUAAAGCUAUGAACAAACACUGUAAGGAUAUCUACUGCAGGAAGUCCCAGAUGUUUACCUUCCUGACUGCAAUAGGGUUGGCCCUGAUGAAAGUGCUGCCUUGCCGAGCCCUGUGCUGGGUGCACUGUGCGCCUUUGCCCAGAAGGGGGCCUCGGCGUUCCACCAGAAGCACAGCUACAGCUCCUUCUCAGACGCAUUUCUUUAGUGGAUUCAUUUCCUUGAUGCAAAGCAUCUGUAUUUGUUGGUGCUGCCAUUUGAGCGAUGUCUCUGACUUGUUUGUUUUAAAUUACAUUACGGGCUGGAAUGUAAUUGUGGUGAAAGUAUUUUUAUAUUGCUGAGAGUAGCAGCUAAUCACAGUUACAUGCUUCAGAGGAUUUAUAAUUGCUUGGUUUUGUGUGUGUGUGUGUGUGUGUGUGUGUUUAACUGCAUUUGAGAAGUUUUAUGGAGAAGAAUAUGCAAGAUUUAAAAAUCUUACAAUAAUGUUACAUGCACCUUCUCUUCAGUUUCAUCGACUUUAAAAAUUAUCUUCUCAUUAAAUUUUAGUGCUUUGACUGGUUUGUUCCUUUUUGCAGUUGGUUGUAAUUCAUUUGUGGCUUCUUAUGCUUUCCUGCAAACAGAUUUCAUUUCAUUUAUUGUCUUUGUAUCAUUUUCUUGGGUAAUAUUUGUAGGACAGACAACCUGGAAUCUUUCCUUUGCAGAAUACCACCCAGUAAAUCUGGCUCAGCAUCUUAUAUCAGUAGGUUCUUGGUAAACAUGUUAAAUAAAAUUAUUGAUGGAAAUUUGGGGGAAAAUGAAUAAUAAGACUAGGAUAAAAAGUCAACGCCAAAAAUGGUAUAUGGGUAUUUUAGCUUAGAGAUGGUCACUACUAAAAGAAUCAAGAAAAUAAUAAAAUAAUAAACAAGGAAGGAUAGAAAAGACUUAGCAGUGUACACAUGUUUCAUCUUUGCUGUGUUUUGGAGAAUGGAUAAGUAGUAUUUCCUGAUUCCUAAGCAUGGCUGAACAAUUUAAUUUUGUGUUACCACCUUUUUGGUUCUCUCUCCAGUGAAUGACUUUUAGAAAAGCCUGUCCUAAAUUUUUAGAUUUAGGCAGUUUUCUCAUUGCUUUGUGGGGACGUCAGUUAGGUGGCACAUCGCAUACUGGCGGUCUGUACCUCCAGUGCUGAUGCAGGUCCACUGUGGGUGUCAUGGACAUUAAUUCUAUGGAAUUCUGACAGCAGUUUUAAAGUGGUGGUGAGGGAUUAUGGAUAUAUGAUGAGGCGAUCUGGCUUUCUGAGAACCAUAUUCUCCAGCUACUUAGAGACAUAGCUCAAAAUAUUAAAUUUUCCCAGUUCAAAAGCUUGAAUUCAAUUGAUUGAUCCUGAUAGUGCCUGUCCCAGAGACCAGCUAAGAGACUUGUUUUGUGUGUGAAGUCAUUCCAGAAGUUGUGGAAUACAAAAAGGUUUUAGAAUUACUGCCGUGUUUAGAGAAGUUAGGGGGAAGUGAUUACAUCUGAGCUGCUAAAGUUAACCAAUGUUUGCUGGUCUUUGCAACAAACUGCUGAGAAUGGGUGGUAUGUAAUGCUUUGGCAGGCUUCAAUCACUGAUAAAAGAUCGUGUUAAAAUA